AUUCCAUCUCCAUUCAUUUGUCUCUGUCACUCCUUAUGUACUAGACCUUUGAAACCGACAUCUCCCAUCCGGCAACUCACUUGGAACAAUGGCAACAAUGCAGCACGAAACCCGGACAGAUCAUGUGGCAUUGAAAGACAAGACGUUAGGCCCAAUCUCCAUCCUCGCCCCUUUCUCAGCCCUCAUCAUCUCAGUCACACUGGUGAUCUACUUCCUAAUCCGCUUCUACGUCCUGGAAGGCUUCCUCAUCCGCCGAGCAUACGGGUCGAUUUAUACGGAUAUGAGCGAAUUGAAUCGCCGCGGUUUCAUCAACCACCACAUCGCCGGUUUUACCAAGAUUGUCAUUCUGAUUGUGGCCGCAUACCCGUUCAUCUGCGUUACCUUCGGCAAGGCGACGUUCCAGACGGCCUAUGCCCAUGGCUCAGUUGUCACCAUGGGUGAUAUCCUCGUUGUCGUUGCUCAGACGUUGAUUGCAAUGUAUAUCUUUGAGUUGCUCUAUCGGGCCAAGUUGUCUCCUGUUGCGGUUAUGCAUCACAUUGGGACGAUUUUGAUUGGGCAGACGGCUAUUGCUAUCAGUUUGAGGCCGGUCAGGGAACCUGAUGCUGAGAUUGAGUUUGUUCUUUGUACCGUCUGGGGUGCCUUCGAUAUCAUCUCCGAAUUCUUCCCUCACGUCGCAAUCAUUCUCUACCGCGUCUUUCCUAAACGACACCAUUUCCUCAGUCGUGUCUUUCUCCUUUCCUGCUUUUCCACUGCAGUUGGAACAUUCUCCGAGACUGUCGUGACGAUGUGGCUGUUCGGUUCAUUAUGGAGCCGAUGGAGACUUGCGUUCAAGGUGGUUACACCACUUCUGCAUAUUGCGUUUUCUGCAGCGCAGAUCCACGGCAGCCUUGUUUUCUGGCGCAUGUAUCGGAGACAACAGAGAUAUAUGAGCAAUGAAGGGGAGGAUAUCGAGAAAGAUGAAUCUCCUGAUAUGAAGUUGUAUGAGAUGUCAGGGAGACCUGGCGAGGGUAGGACGAAGGCAGGCAUAACUGGGUCAAACAAUACGCUUGAAUUGUUCCAUGUCGACUCGGUUACUCCCAUGGUUCGCUGAUUUCAGUCCACCACAAGCGAUUUGUCUGUUUUCAUUUAGUACGAUAUGUCUGUUUUGUUACAGUUCUAGGCAUGGUUUUGUAUCUACGAAUUAGAACAUAAAGUUUAAC